AGGGCUCCGCGUCCGCAGCACCUGGCAGCUCGGCCCCGGCCCCGGCGGCGCGCCCGCGCGCUCCCGCUGCCCGCCCACCUCCACAUGCACACACCCGCGGCGGCAGGGCGAGCGGCGUCUGCCUCGCUGUCUUCGGUUCGCCGAUUUGAUUUCCCCCCCGUCCUCGCCUCUUUUACUUAAAUUUUUAUUUCAUUUUAUUAUUAUCACUAAUUGUUUGCGGGGGUGCUCCGGCCAGCUCCCGCCGGAGAGGGUGGAUUAUUCCUCAGGGGAUACCCGGGCUCCUCGGGAAGGUACUUAUUGUUAUGACUGCAAUUCAAUCCAAGUUUGAGUGGCCACUCUUGGGGAAAAUGGCAGCUUUUUCAUGUUGAAAGUGUUUUACGGCCCUUUUGCAGUUAAUGCUCAUAUUUGUGUGAGCUUAUCAGGUUGCUGGCAGCGUGGCUGCAGUUUACUCACAGAUACCAACCAAACGUUAGUGUCUGGAGAAACACUUGGAUAGGUACAGUUCCUCACCCAAGAUGCCUUUCAAAGCUGGAUUAGAACUGACUGAAUUGCAGAAUAUGACCGUCCCUGAAGAUGAUAACAUCAGCAAUGAUUCAAAUGAUUUCACAGAGGUGGAAAAUGGCCAGAUAAAUAGCAAGUUUAUUUCGGAUCGAGAAAGCAGAAGAAGUCUCACAAACAGCCACCUGGAGAAGAAGAAAUGUGAUGAAUAUAUCCCAGGAACUACUUCGCUGGGGAUGUCCGUCUUCAACCUCAGCAAUGCAAUUAUGGGCAGUGGGAUUUUGGGCCUCGCUUUUGCCUUAGCCAACACAGGAAUUCUCCUUUUCUUGCUGCUUUUGGUUUCAGUGACACUGCUGUCUAUUUAUUCAAUAUAUCUCCUGUUGGUGUGUUCAAAGGAAACAGGCUGUAUGGUGUAUGAAAAGCUGGGUGAGCAGGUCUUCGGUACCCCAGGGAAAAUGAUUGUCUUUGGAUCCACAUCUCUCCAGAAUGUUGGAGCAAUGUUGAGCUAUCUCUUCAUAGUCAAAAAUGAGCUGCCUUCUGCCAUAAAGUUUCUAAUGGGAAAAGAAGAAUCUUUUUCGGCGUGGUACGUGGAUGGGCGUAUCCUUGUUGUCACAGUGACGUUUGGUAUAAUCCUCCCUUUAUGUCUCCUUAAGAACUUAGGGUAUCUUGGCUAUACCAGUGGAUUUUCAUUAAGCUGCAUGGUAUUUUUCCUGGUAGUGGUUAUUUACAAGAAGUUUCAAAUUCCCUGUGGCGGAUCGGAGCUAAAUGCAACAUCAUCUAUCCUAUCAAAUAGCUCAGCACAUGAACAUAUGUGUAAGCCAAAGUAUGUUAUCUUUAAUUCCAAGACCGUGUACGCUUUGCCCACCAUUGCUUUUGCAUUUGUGUGCCACCCAUCAGUCCUCCCGAUUUACAGCGAACUUAAAGACCGUUCACAGAAAAAAAUGCAGUUGGUUUCAAAUAUCUCAUUUUUUGCCAUGUUUGUGAUGUACUUUAUGACUGCCAUAUUUGGCUAUUUGACUUUCUAUGACAAUGUGCAGUCAGAUCUGCUUCACAAGUACCAGAGCAAAGAUGACAUCCUCAUCCUGACCGUGCGCUUGGCUGUGAUCGUUGCGGUGAUACUCACGGUGCCAGUGCUGUUUUUCACUGUGCGUUCAUCAUUAUUUGAGCUGGCUAGAAAAACAAAAUUUGACUUAUGCCGUCAUGUUUUGGUUACUUUUGUUCUUUUGGUUAUCAUCAACCUGUUAGUCAUUUUUAUCCCAACCAUGAAGGACAUUUUCGGUGUUGUAGGGGUCACUUCUGCCAAUAUGCUGAUUUUCAUUCUUCCAUCAUCUUUGUACUUAAAAAUUACACAGCAGGAUGGAUCGAAGUUGACUCAGAGGAUUUGGGCUUCUCUUUUCUUGGCACUGGGGAUAAUGUUUUCCCUAGUGAGCAUUCCUUUGGUCAUCUAUGACUGGGUACAAUCAGGAGGCAGUGCCGAAGGCCACUGAAGUUCACCUCCUUCUGAAAAGACACCCCCGUUUGCUACACACCAAAAUCGCAACCAUCGGUUCUGUUAUCUAUUCCGCCUUUUGUGAGUUUACUCAAAUCAAAUCCAAAUAAUGAUUAUCCAGUACUAAAAAUACUGUUAUGGGUGUAUUUUCUUGCAGAAACAGACCCAUUUUGCCAACAGGCAUAUCACUCUGUCCCCCAACACCAAGUUAUCAGAUCAGCUCUGUGUUGUCCGUGAGACUAUACAGAGCAUUGCUCAUAGGAAUUCAUCACAAUUGAUUUGUUUCCCCUCUUCCACCCAUGAAUUGUAUUGUUCCAUUAUUAUCCUUAGCCCUUCAACUAUAAGCUCUGCUCCUUUAGGGCAGCAGCUCCUGUUGUUAUCAAUCCCAACUGGAGUGAUGUCAGUUCACACCCUUCCCCCCCAUCUUUUAGCCAGAACUCUGCUCUCCAAUUGUACGUAUCUGGUUUGUUGGUUUGUUUGUUUGUUCUGUUGCUGUUUUGUGCACCAUUUGCUUCACUGGGUUAAGUGCAGCAUUCUGGAUAUGGACACGAAAAGCACCAUAAGAACGCAAAUGAGCAUUAUAUAAGUGUAGGUCCUAAAUCUGGUGCUUCUUUCUGAUGUUUUGGUGAGGGAGCCAGCCCCAGGGCUUGGCCCUUUUGUAGCUUUGGGGAACAGACCUCUGCGUGUGUGUGUCUUUGUGACGGGGUGCAGGGAGGGCAAGGAUGGCCACCACCAGCAGCCACCGUUCCCCAGGCACACUUCAGUUGGAGCCUGACCAGAGCUAGACUUGAUCCCAACCCAUAAGUACCUGAGCCUGAAGAGAAGCAGAUGCUCCAAGAUUUCCACAGGAAGUCUGCAUUUUAUUCAGCAUUAAACUGUUUACUAAUGCCCCACCUGCCUCAGACAAAAAAACAAGCCCCAGUUUUAUCAAAACCUACGCAUUUAGUCAUACCUCAUGCCUUUUCCAUUCUGGGAUUCAUUUGUACAUACCUUGCAGAGACUGGCUUCUCUCUCGUGUCUUAUCCUUCUCCCACUGAAGUCAGCGGGAGCAGGAUUUGACUCGCCCUGCCAAACUACUGGAUUUCUAAUGGAAUGUCAAUCUAUAACAUUUCUUUAAGCAAACAAAAACACUUUUUUAUAUUUAAUAUGUUUCGUUACAUUUCUCAUCGAUCCUCCAUAACAAAGGCAUUCAGUUACUAUUAGCAGAAACACUGUAACUUGCAUCUGUUGUCCUCAAAAUAAGCAUUUGCCUAAUGCCUUAUAGCUGGUGUAGAGAACUACUUGUAGAGACUCAAAUGCUAAGCAGGUGAUCGUUAACCAUCCUGGGCAGACAUCUUCUAUUAGUGCACUGCCAGCAGCAUAAACAUGUUCACUUUGUGUCAUUCACCACGUGAGCUAAAAAGUGUCUCAAAAUAUGAACCCAGCUCCCAGUGAAAGAACUGGUGUCUAAAGGGAGCCCCGCUUCACGCCCAAGGGCUGAGCGGUGCCCUCAGUAUGCUCGAGCCAUACUUGUCAGUAUGCAGUGACCCUCUUGUUCCCAGUAGCUGGUUCAUUGCCGACUCCCAUUGUAACUGUGGAAGGAGACUGUCAUCAGCUGUGGGGAACCUGCCAUUGCAGCUUCCUCUUUUUAAGGUUAGGAAUGGAGGAUUUGGGAUCUUGGGAUUUCUGUGAGCUAUUGAAUUGCCUCAGUUGCCUUUGCCUUGUCCUACACGGCUUGAAGUCACUGAGAGUUGAGAUCACAGAGCACUUCUCUGGCCCUUGAAAGUUGGUUUCUAAGGGUAACGUCCAGAGAGGUUAGGUUGGGGCCUUUCUUGGAAUUUGGGCAUCGAGAUGCAGACCAUUCAUGCUGCAGAAACUAAGCCUACUAAACCCAGACUUCUAGAUCUGUACCUCAGCCUCGGCAGUGAGCUACCCGGCUCUGCCAGUACUCCACUGUGAUCCACAAAAGGCAGAGCUGACUACCGCAGGCUGCCCAAGUCCUCAGAGUAGCCCAGCAGCAAGAACAAAACUGGAAGCCUCCUUCCUCUGGGCAAAGUGACCUGCUAGACUGCAGAGCAGGUUCCCUUAUUCUGAUUUCCUCCUGGCCCCUCAGACCUUUCCUCACAGGCUCCCAGCAAGGUCUCCGGUGCAAUGUCCUUCCUCCCAAGCACCGCGCAGCCAAGCACUUAACACACAAACCGCUGAGCUACCCAAGGCUAAGGUCACUGUGGUUUCCUGCAGCUGGUCUCAAACUCUUGCCUGUGAUGGUGCAGGUCACCAGUUCUCUCUGCACUGUCUCUUUAUGAGACUGAUCCCUGCCCUUAUUCACAGAUAUACCAUAGCCCAGAUGUUUGUCAGGCUCUGGAGAGAAGAACCUAUGCUUGGUUCCUAUCUCCUCACUCCCUGGUCAGCAGGAGCCCAGCAUCUCACUCCGUUUUCUGACUCAGCUUGCUAGGGUCACAUUUCAGGUUUUGAGGUGCCUUAUAAUCUCUCUGGAUCUUAUCCUAAAACACUUAACUCAGACCUGAGAAUGCUGUACAGUGUUAUCCUCAAGAUGUUCCAGGACCCUCCUGCUUUCCUGCCCCCUUUAUCCUUCUACUACUGAUUUAUGAGCAGUGCAGCUCUGUGCAUUGGGGGGUUGUGAGAGAGGAGAUCCUGGGAGCGACUUUCAGGUACCCGGGUGUGCGAUAGAGGUCUGAUCUGCUGCACAAGGUCCCAGCAAGGUCACAACUGUGACAUCUCCCUCCCACCCACCACCAUCCCCAAAUAGCGUGUAGUCUCCUGUUUAAAAUACCAACCAUUGAGUUUUGGUACCCAGCUUCCUUCAGCUUGAAGGGCUGUUGGGUGACUGAUUGCUCCUUGCAUCUUCCCAAAUCUCCUCCAUCACUACUCCUCUCCUUCCUCUUUGCUAUUCUGCCACCUUCUUUUUCCCAGUUUAUUUGUAUACUGGAGUUUUACUGGAUAAAUAGGGAGAAGAAUGAGCUGGGUGUGUGCAUAGAGUGAAAUUAACCUGAGGUACUGGACCAUCAAAGCGUAUCUUAGAUACUGAAAAAUAGAUACCCAAAAUAUUGAGUCUUUAAACAGACUUUGUUUCUGGGUCUCUGGAAAAAAAAGAGAAAAAAAAAAAGAAAGGAAAAAAAAGAGGGAAUUUUGCUUAGACUGAUUUAUUGGCAUCAUAUUUAUAGAUAUUUAUGGAAAGGAAUCAUGUGUUUAUUGAUGUCUGUGGUAAUGAACGUGAAAUAACGUGCUUUUUGUUUUCUCAUCAGGUUUAUACAUUCUUAACAGAAUGCAAUAGACCCUGCUGUAACUGUCAACAUCAGUGAUGGAUGACAAUAUUUGUAUGAGGUUAUCUGUAAAAUGUACUGCUGUUAUUCAGUUCAUUUGGAAUAGUGAACUUGUAGCCAACAAUGUACGAGUCCCACAUUUUAGCUAGGAUUUUAAGAGCACAGUGAAAUGCUGUAGGAGUUUCUCUGUUGUUAAAUUAAUAGGAUCCAGAGUACCGUAUCUACUUAGUAGGUGGUAGCAUGCUUUCUUUUCAUAGAGAGUUUAUCACUAUUGUGAGCACUGCAAAUGUCAUAGACUGGAUGCAAAAUCGCUCUGAAUAACUACAACAAAUUACUUUAAAAUUCUCAUUUGCAUUAUAGCAACAGUUGUGUGGUGAGGGACAAGGAAGGACUAAUUAGAAGCAGGGGUUCCUAAUAAGAUUGUAGGAGUUAAUCCUACACUUAAAAGAUGGCCUUACUGCUUCUCCUAGUCCACAGCACAUUGCAAAGAAAAUAGUCAUGAGCUUAAAGCGCCCUUACAGUUGCAGAAUACAGAUGCCCUUCUCUGUCCAAUGGCAAAUAUGCCUAGUAAGUAAAACACAGUCAAUUGUUAUUUGGGAACAGUAUCUCCGGAGCAAUGACCUCUCUGGGUGAUACUUACUUCUGGUCAGAGGGCCAAUGUCAAAUCCAUGCACUGGCACAGACCUUUUGCAGGGCUGACACGGACUGAGUGGUGGUGCCUGGCCCGUGUGCAGGCCCAGGGCAGAACAGCCAGUCUCAUCCUGUGAGGUCAGGGAUAGGGGUGCCCGUCUGCUCGCGAGGGCUGCCUUCCUGAGCCACAUACCCACCCACAGCUUGUGCUCCACUUGCAAUAGGUCACACGUGCAAAUGCAGGUCGGGUGAUACAUGGGUUGUGUCUGUACAUCUGCCUUACAGUGCAUAAGCACCACAGCUCGCUUUGAUAUUAUUAACAGUAACGAUUAAUGGUAUCUCUAGCUUAUCUUUAAAUGAAUAAGUUUCUUUGCUUGAACCUUACAUUAAGGCUAAAAAGCAUCUUGGUCAAAACAAAACUCUUUCCAUGUGGUGGUAUCCCACCUCCAGUCCUACUGUCCCACCCCAGUGCCUAUAGGAGAAAGGCACAGCAGAAUGUACUCAGCUCCAUCAGCAGCUCCACAAGAUGGCUUUAUCGCCUGGCACCAGGGUGCUUUCUUAAACAAUUCCCCAGAGCCCUUGCUGUCAGGAAAAUCCUUAUUUCCUGUAACUUACACAAAGAAUGUUUUAUUUGUAUCUAAUGUAAGGAUUUCUGUAACAAACUGUGAAAAAAAAAAAAAAAAAGAUAAUGAAUUAAUAAAAAGUACAGGGCUGGAAAGGUCUAGAAUUCACAAAUUGUACACAUACCUAUGUUUCUGAAGACAAAUCUAUGCAGUUGUGUUGUAUUGUAGGAAAUUUCAUUUUUAUGUACAUAUAUAUAUUGUAAAUAAAUAGGAUGCUGUAUA